AUGAAUUCCGAUUUUUCGGAUGAUGAAGAAUACGUUGAGGAGAAUGAUGAGGAUCUGAGUGAUGAAGAUGAAAUGAUGGAAAAGAAGGUGGAAUAUCAUAAGUUCAUGACCCAUGGCGAAUUGGAAAUUGAAAUGAAGAAAACCAUUGCUGAAGUGCAAGCAGUUCUUCAAGUCCGAAAUGGAAUUUGCCGAAUUCUUCUUCACAAAUUCAAAUGGAAAACAGAAGCACUAUUCGAUAAAUUCUAUGAUUGUUUGGAUAUGACCGAGUUUUUGAAGAGUUGUCAGAUCAUCAGAAAAUCUGAAAAUGAAGAGAGUCACAAAGGA